CACUGUCGGGACCUCUAGGAGUGAAAGCCAUCCGGAAGCUCGCGGCCGACGUCGCGUGCACGACAUUAUCGUCACUCUAUAUCGGAAUCCACCGGUAAUUCAUCGUUCAAAACUAUGACAUCGUGAUCUCUCGGACAAGGGAUAUCUGAAGAUAAAGAGAAAAAAGCGAGAGUCGUUCACAAAAGCCUCAUCGUUGCGCAUCACGUGUAUUAGCGUACUAAAUCUUACGGAUAACAAUUAUCCGAGAGCGACGCGCGAGCACAAAUUUUUCGUGCCGGUUAAUCUACCGUUAAUACAAAUAGUUGAUCAACUCUGAUACCAGUCUUGCUUCGUUUGGUACCGCGCGAAGUGCGGUUGAAUCCAGAGAAGUCGUGAAGUUCCCGCAAGAUACAAAGGUUGGCACGGGGUUAGCCGGCCUACAGUUCAUCAGCGGGUGUUUCUGUACAAAGUUCUCCAUCCGAUAACGAGACGUGACGAAUCCCGCUGGAUGCCCUAAGGGCUCGAGACGUCGCCUCCGGGCCAGCCGGUCACCGGUUCUGAUGCCGACACGUGCUGAGCGCGAUCGUUGAGGGUGCGGCGGUGCGCAGCGGAAGAGCAGAGCCACGAGGGCCCGCCGGAAGAGCUGAAGAAGAGGGAUCUCGGGCCGGGCGACUGCCUGGAGUUGUUGCCCAGUCCCGGCGAGGGGGCGGACAUCGGGCCCGGAUGCUCGCGAAAACAAGACGCCGGAAGCGCUGCCACGUUGGAAGGGAAAAUAUUGACGGCCGUCAACAAGUUCCUUACAACGUCCCCUUUGGUUAACAAGGUCAAGUUGCUAAUGACAAGACAGAGCAGCGGCGCGGUAGGAAACGGCGCGGAGGGACAUGAGAGCACCAGCCCUUUGGACUGCACCCCGCGGGCGUCGAUGACGAUGGCCGUGACAACGUCUGCGCUACCGAUACAGCCGAUCUACGUUUCCGCGGGAUCGUGCUCCGCUGCUGACGUCUCAACGAAUCUGCAACACCGGCGACUAUGGCAACUGCAGCAGGAACCGCAAGAAUUAUCCCUGACGUGGCCGACGGACACGGCCGCGUCCUCGUCGUCCAUCCUCGACGAGCCUGUCAGAACCCCGCUCUCCACGAACGUUCUCCUGUCCCUGCCGGCUUCACCGAAACGAUCGUCGGCGAGCCAUUCUUCGUCCAGCAAGACACCUAUAUCGAAAUCGCAGAUGAAAGAAUUCAGGGAGGCUUUCAGGCUGUUUGACAAGGACGGCGAUGGAACUAUCACAAAAGAAGAACUCGGCAGGGUUAUGCGUUCCUUGGGACAAUUUGCGAGAGCGGAGGAGUUGAGAACGAUGUUGCAGGAAAUCGACAUUGACGGUGAUGGAAACGUCAGCUUCGAGGAAUUCGUCGAGAUCGUUAGCAAUAUCGGCGGCGCGAGCACAGCAGCGCCCACAGAUCAACAUCAGGAAGAGCAAGAAUUGCGAGACGCCUUUCGGGUGUUUGACAAACAUAAUCGUGGGUAUAUCACUGCGUCGGAUCUUAGAGCGGUGCUGCAAUGUCUGGGAGAGGAUCUUUCCGAGGAAGAGAUCGAAGAUAUGAUUAAGGAAGUGGACGUGGAUGGAGACGGUCGAAUUGAUUUCUACGAAUUCGUUCACGCUCUCGGCGAGCCGGGAAUCGACGAAGACGAAGAAGAUGACGACGAGGAUCUGCAAUCUCCGCUCUUCUAAGAUCACGUUUAUUCUCACCUCUCUGUUAGAUAAGACAUACCGAUACGGGCAAAAGCGAUAUUCAAUCUCGCUUUCGCGAAGUAUACCUUCUCUCGCGUUUCGCAAUACGUACGAGUAUGCGAUUGACAAACGGAACGAGGCUCAAUUUCGACUUCGUAAAUUCCGUUUACGUUUCAUAUUAAUUCUCAUCCUUAUUCUCAGAUUUCGAAUCAAAUUUUAAUGCUGGAAUGCGAAGGUCUCGCUAAGCGCAUUGUGAAUAUAGAUUACAAAGAAAAAAAACUUAAAAAAUAAAAAAUCUGCACUGAGCUAUCGUUAUCUGCGUAUUCAUCGCGGGUACAGCACGAAUUUUCGAUGUAUACUAAACACAUACGUCAUACGCGAAUCGAAACCCCGUCGAUCGGGAGAUUUUCGAUAAAUCACGAGUUUCAUGACUCGAUGGCUCGUGACACUUGAUUUAAUUAACAGUCACCAGUCGUCCGCUGAUGAACGUACAAUAUGAGAACGUUUCGAACCAUAUCUAAUUCUAAAAAUUAUACCUGUAACCCUCUA